CGGAGACUCCUUCACUGUAAACAGUUGUGGAGGGGAUAUGUGAGCUCAGAACUUGAAGUGAAAAAUAUGAAAUUUCUAUGGCCUGGACAGCUGGACAAAGACUACUAUGAUGCAGUUCAUGAUGGCUUCUGUUUUCACAUCCAACAAAACAAUCCGAGUUUGUCCUUUCCUCAAUGGGGAUGUGGAAAACCUGGAAACCAAAACAAACAGUUCAUGGGUUCGUCCUAAUACACCCAGCAGAUGUACAUGGAAACCAGGAAAAUCCAUCUCGGAGUCCCCUCAUGGCUGUGUGCCUUUACCGAAAGAACCCAAGAUUAUGUCAAACAUUCUGGAGAAAAUUGGACACACCCCUAUGGUUCGUAUCAACAAGAUUGCCAAAGCCUACGGGCUUAAAUGUGAGCUGUUGGCUAAGUGUGAGUAUUUCAAUGCUGGAGGGAGUGUAAAGGACCGAAUCACCUUGAGGAUGAUGGAAGAUGCAGAAAAAGCUGGAGUUCUAAAACCGGGAGACACACUCAUUGAGCCUACAUCAGGAAAUACAGGAAUUGGGUUGGCCUUGGCAGCUGCAGUGAAGGGCUAUCGCUGUAUCAUUGUCAUGCCAGAAAAAAUGAGCAUGGAGAAGGUGGAUAUCUUGAGAGCUCUUGGGGCUGAGAUUGUAAGAACUCCAUGCACAAGAUAUGAUGCUCCUGAAUCAAAUGUCCGUGUUGCUUGGAAACUGAAAAAUGAAAUUCCAAACUCGCAUAUAUUGGAUCAGUACCGAAAUCCAAGCAACCCACUGGCACACUAUGACACCACAGCUGAGGAGAUUCUGGAGCAGUGUGAUGGCAAAGUCGAUAUGUUUGUGGCUGGAGCGGGCACAGGAGGCACCAUCACUGGUAUUGCCAGAAAGAUGAAAGAGAAAUGUCCUGAGUGCAUAAUUGUUGGAGCAGAUCCUGAAGGCUCCAUUGUUGCCCUGCCCAGCUCACUGAACACAGCAGAGGAUGCAGCAAUGGAAGUGGAAGGGAUUGGCCAUGACUUUAUCCCAACAGUCCUUGACAGAUCUGUGAUAGAUCAAUGGGGCAAGUGCAAUGAUGCUGAAUCCUUUCUUAUGGCUCGUAGGCUGAUUAGAGAGGAAGGUCUGCUUUGUGGAGGCAGUGCGGGCAGUGCAAUGUCUGUGGCUGUGAGAGCAGCCAAGCAGCUGAAAGAGGGUCAGCGCUGUGUUGUCCUCCUACCGGACUCUGUGAGGAACUACAUGUCUAAGUUUUUGAAUGACAAAUGGAUGACCAAGAAUGGAUUUCUAAAAGAAGAUGUCCAAGAGUAUAAUCCUUGGUGGUGGAAUAUCAAAGUGCAGAAGCUGAACCUCUUAGCCCCUCUGACUCUUCUCCCGGAUGUGAAUUGUCAAAAGGCCAUUGAAAUCCUCCGUGAGAAAGGAUAUGACCAGGCUCCAGUUGUUGCAGAAUCAGGCCUCAUCUUGGGAAUGGUAACUCUCAGCAGCAUCCUCUCUUCAGUCAUGGCUGGAAAUGCCCAGUUCUCAGACCCAGUCAUGAAGGUCAUUUAUCAACAGUUUUCAAAGAUUAGCUUGGAUGACACCCUUGGAAAGCUUUCACACAUCCUGGAAAAUGAUCACUUUGCUAUAGUUGUGCAUGAAUUGGAGCAGUACAAUGCUGAUGGCAGCUCCUUCAUGAAACAGAUGGUAUUUGGUGUGGUCACAGCUGUUGACCUCCUCAGCUUUGUCACCCCAAGGAACAAGCCCCCUGAGCCAAGAGAUGUAACACCCAAAUCAGCCUCUUCUGAAAGAAUGUUCUCCGUGGCAGAAGCAGGAAAAAAAAUGACCGAAGACUAUUAAAAUAAUGUUAUCCUUUAAAAAAAGAACAAUACUAGACAAUUUCCCCAGGGUGUUUUUCACAUAGUGCUUUUAGCUCGUAUCUCCUCCAGAAUGGAUGGUGUGCAUUAUCAUAGCAGCCAGAUUUACUCCAACGUCCCUGCAAACUCUCGGGGAGCACAUCACGCAUGAUUCAGAUUUUUAACUGCACAUUAGAGUGUCGCCAGGGUAAUAUUCUAUCCAGGGUAAAAAAACCCAACAACAGAUGGUAUUUGCUGUGGUCACAGUUGUUGACCUCCUCAGCUUUAUCACUCCAAGGAACAAGCCCCCAGAGCCAAUGUAAUGUAACACCCAAAUUAUUUCCUUGUAGCCAGAGUAAUAUUAUAUCCAGGGUUUUUUUUAAAAAAAGUCACUUUUUGCAUCGUUUUUUGGGGGGCAACUACGAACUUGUAGUAAAGCCUGUGAAAAACGCCCAGUAAUUUUUUGUUAGCUGUGUUUAAGAUCAUUGUAAAUGCUAUCAAAAGGAAUAACCUGGUAUUAGAGUGAUAAGAGCUUUUAAAAUUAAAAUAAACCACCAUUCUGUGCUAUUCAUGUUCAAAAUCAUGAAAUGUAUUAACAAAUUUUUAAAUUGUUAAGGAGAAAGCAGUAGAUGUAAAUGAAUUCUCUCAUGUGGUCUUGCUGCAUUGAUUUCUAUCUAACAUUUUGUUGUUUGCAUUUACAUUGACAGAUAACCACAUUUCAAAAUCUGCUGGCAAAACAAUAAAUAACUGCUUAUUACAGAUACAAAAACUGCCUGAAUUAAAUGUAGAACAAUAUUAAAAUGUGCCUGUAGAACAGGCACUUUUCAGUUUGCCUAGGUGGGAGCAUGCAUAAGUUCUUUUGCACCAGGAAGAAACUUUCUUGCUGGCAGGACUGGCCAUGGGAUUUGUCUAUGUUGCCUUACUACAACUCAGUGCUACUUCUAUCAGAUGUUCCCAGCAAGGAGGGUUCCUGGAUCAGGAGAUUAAGCGCAUAUCCACUCCCUCUUGGUUGCUAACCCUACGAUCCUAAAACCAGCCAUGGCAGAACUGCCAGCUCAGGGUGAGACUUAAGAAGAACUGAUCCCAGUUUUGUUUUGUUUUAAAUUGAUAAAGUACAAGAAAGAACUAAAACAUACAUCCAAAUAAUCACUGUAAACAACACUCAAUGUCUGACAUCCAGACGUUGCUUUUUUUAUCCUUCGAUGUCAGCUCUUCCUAUCAUUGUGAAGCAGAAUCCACAAUGAUAGACGUUACUCUAAAGGGCUACUGAAUUUCAAGAGGACUCCCACUGAGUAAUUUAGUCAGGAUGUCAGCCAGCAUUCCAAAGGCAAGUAAGGCAACUAUGAGAAACCAUGGCUUAAAAUGUGGUUCUAUUGAUCAAUUUGUCAGAGUUCCAACUGCUUUUUACAAAACAGUUUUAAAAUGUGUUUAGAAACCAAAACUUACCAUUAACUUUGAGAAGCGGGUUCUGCCAGCCUUAGAUCUAUUUAGGUUGUGAUUCAGUUAAGUCUAUGUUGCAUUUUUUAAAAACUGUAUGUUUUUUAAAAAAAUAAACCUUCA